AUGUUGGGCGGCGUGGGAGGCCGGCACAUGUCUACGCGCCGGCGGGUCAGUAGCCCGUUGGUGCGUGGAGGUGUGGGCCUCGCUGGAUAUGCUGGACAAGGUGCUUCCGGGAAUUCCAACGAUGCUGCCGCGUUACCACCGGAUGUACAGAAAUACGCUGCAAGAAGGCGCGGGGCGGUUACCACUAGCGAUCACAAGAGCUGCGCCCUCGUACAGACUCGUAUCAAGCUCGGAGAUAUCAUGUUGGCAGCGCAAGAGGCGGCACAAAGGGACCCUGGAUACGCGAGUCAGUACAGGAGAAGGCCGAGGUGGGCCGGACUGAGUGGUCUCGGUGACUGGACUAGCUUUGGAGGGGAGGUACCUGGUCUGGUGGACAUGGCGCCAGGCCGGGAUCAGGGCGGAGGGGCGGGUGGCGGUGGGGGAGGCGGCAAGGGCACCACGUCGUUGUUCAUCCUGUCGGAGGAUAACUGCAUCAGGAAGCAUACCCGCUUCAUAAUCGAGUGGCCGCCCUUCGAGUACGCCGUCCUGCUCACCAUCAUCGCUAAUUGCGUGGUCCUCGCCCUCGAGGAGCACCUGCCGAAGCAGGACAAGACCAUACUCGCACAGAAGCUCGAGGCCACGGAAAUCUACUUCCUCGGGAUCUUCUGCGUCGAGGCGAGCCUCAAGAUCCUCGCCCUUGGCUUCGUCCUCCACCGUGGCUCCUAUUUGCGCAACAUCUGGAACAUCAUGGAUUUCUUCGUCGUGGUGACCGGGUUCAUCACGGCGUUCUCGCAAGGCAUAGAACUGGAUAUGGAUCUGCGCACGUUGCGUGCGAUACGCGUGUUGCGACCGCUCAAACUUGUCUCCGGCAUACCGAGUCUCCAGGUGGUGCUCAAGUCUAUUAUCAAGGCGAUGGCCCCGCUUCUGCAGAUCGGCCUGCUGGUACUUUUCGCCAUCGUGAUAUUCGCCAUCAUCGGCCUCGAGUUUUAUUCGGGAACCCUGCACAAAACGUGUUACAGCAUCAGGGAUAUCAAUUCUAUCAUCAAGGAGGGCGAACAGCCGAGCCCGUGCAACACGGACAACAAAUCCGAGGCGCCGUUCGGGGCCCACGUGUGCGACGCGAACGUCUCGACGUGCAUGGAUCACUGGGUGGGACCAAACUUCGGCAUCACCAGCUUCGACAACAUCGGAUUCGCCAUGCUCACUGUCUUCCAGUGCAUCACUAUGGAGGGCUGGACUGCCAUAUUGUACUGGACAAACGACGCUCUUGGCAGCACGUACAACUGGAUUUACUUUAUACCAUUGAUCGUCCUCGGCUCAUUCUUCAUGCUGAACUUAGUUCUCGGUGUCCUGAGCGGAGAGUUUGCGAAGGAGAGAGAGAAGGUGGAGAACCGGCAGUCCUUCCUGAAAUUGCGAAGACAGCAGCAGCUCGAGCGUGAACUGAACUGUUACCUGAAUUGGAUCUGCAAAGCAGAGGAGGUAAUACUCGCCGAAGAGAGGACCACGGAAGAGGAGAAGAUGCACAUAUUAGAAGUAAGGAGAAGAGCUGCGGCGAAAAAGAAGAAGCUGAAGAAUCUCGGGAAAAGCAAGAGCACGGAUACGGAGGAAGAGGAGGGCGACGACGACCAGGACGAUGGUUUCACGAGAUCUUCCUAUUUCAAGUCGAGGGUGAAGGGCCAGGGGACUUGCGUGGAAUUCUGGCGGGCCGAGAAGAGGUUCAGGUUCUGGAUAAGGAACUCCGUCAAGUCGCAAAAGUUCUACUGGUUCGUCAUCAUCCUUGUGUUCUUCAACACCGUCUGCGUCGCCGUCGAGCACUACGACCAGCCGCAAUGGCUCACCGACUUCCUCUACUUCGCGGAGUUCGUGUUCCUGGCUCUGUUCAUGCUGGAGAUGUUUAUAAAGAUGUACGCGCUCGGUCCUCGCACAUACUUCGAGUCGAGCUUCAAUCGUUUCGACUGCGUAGUCAUCUCGGGAUCGAUCUUCGAAGUGAUCUGGUCCGAGGUGAAGUCCGGCUCUUUCGGCCUCUCCGUCCUACGUGCCCUUAGACUCCUGCGAAUUUUUAAGGUCACCAAAUACUGGAAGAGCCUAAGGAACCUCGUAAUAUCGCUGCUCAGCUCGAUGCGUAGCAUCAUUUCCCUGCUCUUCCUGCUCUUCCUCUUCAUUCUCAUAUUCGCGCUGCUCGGCAUGCAGCUGUUCGGCGGUCAGUUCAACUUCGACUACGGCACGCCGCCCACCAACUUCAACACCUUUCCCAUCGCGCUGCUCACUGUCUUCCAAAUCCUGACCGGAGAAGACUGGAACGAAGUGAUGUACCAGGGUAUCGAGUCGCAAGGCGGUCACAGGAGGGGCAUGGUCUACUCGCUCUACUUCAUCGUGCUGGUGCUCUUCGGCAACUACACGCUGCUGAACGUGUUCUUGGCUAUCGCCGUCGACAAUCUGGCAAACGCACAGGAGCUGAGCGCCGCCGAGGACGAGGAGAAGGUCGAGGACAAGGAGAAGCAGGCGCAGGAGCUCGAGAAGGAGAUCGAGUCGCUGCAGAAGCCCAAAGACGGUAGCGCGCCCAAGGUGGAGAUCUGCCCUCCAAGUCCGAGCCAGAAUUUCAAAGACGGAAAAGGUGGGAAGCAGGCAUCCGAAGAGAAAAAGCAGGAUGAAGACGACGACACGGGACCAAAACCAAUGCUGCCAUACUCCUCCAUGUUUAUACUGUCCUCUACGAAUCCCAUAAGAAGAGGCGCCCAUUGGGUCGUCAACCUGAGGUACUUCGACUUCUUCAUAAUGGUGGUGAUAUCGUUGUCGAGUAUCGCGUUGGCCGCCGAAGAUCCCGUAUGGGAGGACUCGCCGAGGAACGAAGUGCUGAAUUACUUCGAUUACGCGUUCACCGGUGUCUUCACCGUCGAGAUGAUACUGAAGAUCAUCGAUCUCGGCAUCAUAUUUCACGAGGGCUCGUACCUGCGCGAGUUCUGGAACGUUAUGGACGCGGUGGUCGUGAUAUGCGCCGCGGUAUCGUUCGCGUUCGACAUGACCGGCAGCUCGGCCGGUCAGAAUCUCUCGACGAUCAAGUCGCUGAGGGUGCUCCGCGUGCUCAGGCCGUUAAAGACGAUUAAAAGGGUGCCCAAGCUGAAGGCGGUCUUCGACUGCGUGGUGAACAGUCUCAAAAACGUCAUUAACAUUCUCAUAGUGUAUAUAUUGUUCCAAUUCAUAUUCGCUGUGAUCGCGGUGCAACUGUUCAACGGCAAGUUCUUCUACUGCACCGACGAGAGCAAGUAUACGGAAGAGGAUUGCCAGGGUCAAUAUUUCGUGUUCGAGGACGGCGCCAUGCUGCCGGAACUGAAGAAACGCGAGUGGCAGCCGCAGAGUUUUCACUACGACAACGUGAUGGCCGCGAUGCUGACGCUGUUCGCGGUGCAGACGGGCGAGGGAUGGCCGCAGAUACUUCAGAACUCGAUGGCGGCCACGUACGAGGACAAGGGCCCCAUACAGAAUUUUCGUAUAGAGAUGUCCAUUUUCUACAUCGUCUACUUCAUCGUCUUUCCAUUCUUCUUCGUCAACAUCUUCGUGGCCUUGAUCAUCAUCACUUUCCAGGAGCAGGGAGAGGCCGAACUGCAGGACGGCGAAAUCGACAAGAAUCAGAAAUCGUGUAUAGACUUCACGAUACAAGCUCGACCCCUGGAGAGGUACAUGCCGAAGGAGCGGAACAGCGUAAAGUACAAAAUCUGGAGGAUAGUGGUAUCGACGCCAUUCGAAUAUUUUAUCAUGAUUCUCAUCGUAUUAAACACAUUACUCCUCAUGAUGAAGUUCCAUCGGCAAAGCGACGCGUACAAGAACACGCUGAAGUACAUGAACAUGUGCUUCACGGGGAUGUUCACCGUCGAGUGCAUACUGAAGAUCGCCGCUUUCGGCGUGAGGUAUCACGAGGCGCCGCCAAUUCUAUUGGACACCUUGACCGUCGUGAACUUGGUCGUCACCCUCCUUUUCCUCAUUGAGUGCAUCCUUAAACUCGUCGCCUUCGGAUGCAAGAACUUCUUCAAGGACGCCUGGAACACGUUCGACUUCAUCACGGUGAUCGGCAGCAUCGUGGACGCCCUGGUGAUCGAGUUCGGGGAGAACUUCAUCAACGUCGGUUUCUUAAGGCUGUUCCGUGCCGCCAGGCUGAUCAAACUGCUCAGGCAGGGGUACACGAUACGAAUUUUGCUCUGGACCUUUGUACAAUCCUUCAAAGCUCUGCCUUACGUUUGUCUCCUCAUCGCGAUGCUGUUCUUCAUCUACGCGAUCAUCGGUAUGCAGAUAUUCGGUAACAUCGCGCUGGACCCCGAGACUUCUAUUACCAAGCACAACAAUUUUCAAAGCUUCAUUCAAGGUCUGAUGUUGCUUUUUCGGUGCGCGACCGGCGAGGCUUGGCCGAACAUCAUGUUGUCCUGCAUCAAGGGCCGUGUGUGCGACGUGAAGGCCAGCAAACAGGAAACGGACGGAUGCGGUUCCAACAUGGCGUACGCGUACUUCGUCUCGUUCAUCUUCUUCUGUUCGUUCCUCAUGCUGAACCUGUUCGUCGCCGUCAUCAUGGACAACUUCGACUACCUGACCAGGGACUCGUCGAUCCUCGGUGCCCAUCACCUGGACGAGUUCGUUCGGAUCUGGGCGGAAUACGAUCCGAACGCCACCGGCAAGAUCCACUACACCGAGAUGUACGACAUGCUCAAGAACAUGGAUCCGCCGUUGGGGUUUGGCAACAAGUGCCCGAACCGGCUCGCCUACAAGAAGCUCAUCCGGAUGAACAUGCCGGUGGACGUGGACGGGAAGGUCAACUUCACCACCACUUUGUUCGCCCUGAUCCGCGAGAAUCUUAGCAUCAAGAUGAGAUGCGCCGACGAGAUGAACCAAGCGAACGAGGAACUGAGAGACACGAUCAGAAGUAUCUGGCCCCUACAGGCGAAAAAGAUGUUGGACCUUUUGAUACCUAGGAACGAAGAAUUAAGCAGAGAUAAGCUGACCGUUGGUAAGAUAUACGUCUGCCUUCUGAUACUCGAAAGUUGGAGGACGACUAGGUUUGGUCAGAUAGAAUCGACCGGACAGAACGAUAACGAUCUUAUCGAUAACGAUAAUGCUGGGCAAAGUCCUGCAGCCCAGGCGCAAUCGGCCUUCCUCAACUGCAUACUGGACGUGACGGCUGUUAAUCACACCGGAAAUAAUCACGGGACCGGAAGUAGGGCGAACAGCCUCGAGCCGGUGAUACGACCGACGUCGGAAACGAAGAUCGAUCAACAGAGGGAGCUCAGGGAGGAAGACGAUGGGGCCCUCGGGGUCCUCGGAGCCGGCGAGCACAGACGACUCCGUAGCAUCAGAAAUAAAAAGGUGAACUGGAAGAUGUCCCACCAGUACGAUAUACUAGGCAGCAGCGGAGAGAGUAGCCAGGGAGGGGGUGGGUCUGGGGUUGUACCCGUAGUUAAUGACGAGGAUCGCGCCCCCGAGCUAGAGCCAUUGCUGGCUGAGGUGCCCUCCCAGCAGGAUCAAAACUACUACUACUACCACCAUCACCAUCACGACCAAUACUACGAUACCGACAAAGAUCUAUACUAUGACCGUCACCACCACCACCACCACCACCAUCACCAUCACCAUCAUCAUCAUGCUCACCGACCACCCUCGUACUAUCAACACCAGAAUACCUACGCACCUCGCUCCUCGAUCCGUUACCACAAGAUGGAGCCUCAGGACGUCGUAGUUAGCGACUCGCGAGCCGGUAGUCUCGAGAGUCUCACCCACGCCGGCGAGAGACUUCAUCCGCCUGCCCAUCCAAUCAGACAUCCCUCGCGUUCACCGAGUCUAAGAAGACACUCGCCAGUCGUGCACGGAUCGCAAUCACCGAGGCGAACUAGGUACGAUCAUCACGGUCAUUAUUACCACGACGGACCAGGGUUUAGCGACACGGUUAGCAACGUCGUCGAGAUUCAGAGACACACGCAUCAUCCCCAUUCGUCACAGUACAAUCAUCGGCACAGGUUGCGAGACUAUUACGACCACUGCGACUAUUACGACGAUGGUCCGUGGAGCGCGUCGACGAGUCCCGCCAGGACGCCGAGUCCUAUACAUCAGAUCGAGCGAGGUCGUCACUACGGGACGACCAGUCUGGAGCAACGAUCGAGAAGCCCGAGCCCGAUAGGGGGUCGUCAGCCAGCCCACACGCACCAGCAUUAUCAUCGACAUCACCCCCAUCAGCAUAGCUACCCGGUGUUGGUGACGAGGAGGGGCCAAGGUCGUCGACUGCCGCCUACGCCGAACAAACCGUCUACCCUGCAGCUGAAACCGGCGAACAUCAACUUCCCCAAGUUGAACGCCUCGCCGACUCACGGACCUCACGUGCCCGGGGCCCACGUGCCGCUCCCGGCUGGCAUACAGCACCCACCGGUGGGCCACGUGCCCGGUAUGCAACCCAGCCACUGUCCGCUGAGCUUCGAGCAAGCGGUGGCUAUGGGUCGCGGUGGCCGUCUGUUGCCCAGCCCAGUGCCCAACGGCUACAAGCCGCAGCCGCAGGCCAAGCAGAGGACACCCAGGUCGAGACACUCAGACAGCGACGACGAAGACUGGUGCUAGCCAAAGUGGGACCCUGGACGGUGGUCCGGUGACGUGGACGCCCCCAGGCGUCUUUGGGUUUGCGCGUGAAUCUUCCGCAACGGGAGGCGCAUAAAUCGUAGCCGCGAUAUUCGGGAGCGGUGGAAAAAACGGAUCGACGGGUACACGCUGCUUGGUCGGUGUCGAUCGAUCGACGGUCCCGGCCCCCGGGGGGUGUAGUCUCGAGGUCCGCGAGUCGGACGAGAGGUGUACGCGACUGGGAUGAUCGACGGAGAUGAGGUGAUGGACGCCGGUUGCACCUCGGGGACACACCGAGCGAUCGAGAUUCGUGAGACGAAUUCUCGUGACCGAGACCAGAGUCAGAGUCAGAGAAAGGAUGAGAAACGAAACUAGGCGACCGAAACGAGAGCAAACAUCGGAUGAUCGUUACAGGGACAAACGAAACAAAGAACACACACACACGCGAACGAAUCGUCCAGGCAACAUCGAAGCAGACUUGUUGUGCCGCGAUACGGACGAUCGUCGAUCGAACGAACGUUAAACGGAAAACCCGGAGCGUUCCGCUAAAGGGACGCUGCCGUAAACUUGAACUUUCUCUAUUUUCACGCGAAACUUUCUUUCGUCUCGAACUUCGAUAAACCUUCCUUCGCUGUGCUUUUUAAAUAUCGACGGACCGAGCCGAGGAGGAUCCACUUUUUAUACGAUUAUACCGAGGGAAACGCUCUUGGAACGGAUCCCUUUUCGCGCGAAACCACCAACUUUUUCAUGUCGAGAGACGUUCGUCGCGCGGAGACCACCAGGAAAACACGUCGACGACGCGGGGAAGCCAUCACGGCCGGAGGAACGGGGUCUCUUCUUGGUUUAUUUCGGAGCUGAGCUAUUCGUCAGAGAGGUUCUCGGACGCGCGCAGACGGGACUGGCCAACCGGACAAAUAAAACGAGUCUUCUCUGACGAAUUUACGGGAGAGUCCGCCGAUCACGGCGUCGAGGUUCUCCAGGCUCCGUGGAAAAUGAUGUCGACGAAGCCACGGGGAACAAGAGUACGCGAGACGUUUCUCUUCUCGAUUACGAACGGGAACCGCGGCUACGGGACACCCGUCCCUUCUCGAACGUUCGCGGAUCCGUAGACGCGGUUCCCCAAAAAACGGUGCAAACGUUCUUUCUAGACUUCUUUCUUUCGCGGAUGAUCGGUUACGCGUUCGGCCCCCCUCCCACCUAUACAGGACGGAUUACCUUGGUAAUCGGUCGCUUUGUAAAAAAUCGUAUUCGAAGCUGCGAGCAUCCCGAUAUCUCCUGUGCGCGCUGAACGAUACAUCGAACUAAAUACGUAGGAAUUUUUACUAAACCGAUUCUCUUGUAUCGCAACAAGUAUUCGUUGGUCGCGACUGCUGGAACCGCUUGUCGUGGUCCCGACGACCCUCCGCAAGGGAUGUAUUUAGGCGUGCGUCUCGAAUACACACACACACAUACACACACAAACGCGCAUACACGAAGAAGCCAGUGAACGAUUAUUUUGUUCGCGAACGAAGGAAAGAAAGCAAGGGUUGCAUCAAGAGGAACCGAUCGCGGUAUCGUUGUUCCGUAUUCUCGCAGCUCCGUGGCGUACGGAGAUUAGAAAAAUCGAAAGAACGGAAGAGAGAGAGAGGGGAACGAACAGUGGGAAAAAGUGGGUGCAGACGCGCGACGAAACGGAAACGGAAACGGAAACGGAGACGGCGAAGAGGGCCACGAAGUUCUACGUUCUUGUGAAACAAUAAAAGAGAUAUUAAACGAAUCGAUAAACGGAAACGAGAAACGAAAGGAAACGGAGCGGAAGAAGAUAAUUCACGAGCACUUGUAAAUUACCUCAUAAUUUUGAAUUAAAAAUUUACCAUCACUGCUACUAUACCGUUACUAUCACACCUACGAGAAAGAACUAUUCCACUACUAAUUAUUACCGCUACUACUAAUAACUACGGCUACUACUAUUAAUUACUAAAUACUACCACUAUUACCGCUAUUACUAUUACUACUACAAUUUACUAUCACUACUUACUACCGCCAUCGAUACUACCGCUACACUACUAUUACUACUAUUUACUACCGCAACUACUACUACCAUCGUAAACUACUAAUUACCACCACCAAAAACAACACCACCAAAACACCAACCUCUACUAUCGCUGCUGCUGCUACUGUUACUACUAUCACUACUACUACUGUUACUAUUACUACCGCUGCAACUACUACUAAACUACAAAACUACUAUUACUACGAUUACUGUUACUAAUAGUAUUAUUAUUACUACUUUUACUAACGCUACGAUUACCGAAACGUUUUAUUAAAAAUUACAAAACCAUUGCUACUACUGUUGUUACUACCACUAUAAUUGUACGGUUAAGGUGUACGCGAAUCACUCGUCGGAACGAACAUGGAGAGGCGUGGAUCGAUCGUACGUACACACGCGCGCGCGCACACACACUCACACACACACACACCACACACAGGACAAACAUAUACGAUAAAAGAAACCGAAUUUCGAACUCGCGGUGCGUUUAAAAUUAAAAAUGAAAAAAAAAAAAAACAGACGUCUGGUUAUUAUAUAGAGCGCGCGCGCGCGUAAGUCGAGAAGGGUUUGCGUGAUUCUAGAGAGGACGAGGGAUUCGAUGAAAGAAAAAACACAUGUAACAUACUGCCAAUCGUACGGGGGUGUUUUAAGCGAAACACACACGAGAUACAUAAAUCUGUACAUAUUUACAUAUAUGAAGAA